AUGGCCACCUACUCAACCACAACACGAUUUGCUACACUGGAUGCAUUUUGGGUAGCAGUGGAUCAGAUUCAGACGACCUCGACCAACGAAGAAUGGGAAAAGCUCGCUGGAUACUUCGCCGACGAUGCUGUGCUGUACGUCCUGGGCAUGUCAAGCCCACCGGUGACUGGCAAAGCAGCCGCGAUCGAGUCAUUCAAGACACUCAAAACUUACUGGGCUUUGGUUGAACGUCGACAGCGAUCACAGUCUUUGUCUGCAGACGGCAAGGUUGCUGUGGUGGAGAUGGACAACCAUCUCACGAUAUUCGGAGAGCAUGUGGAGCACUUUCCCGAAACGGAAGUCGUAGAGUUCGAUGAGGCGGGCAAGAUUGCUAGUUACAGGCUAUACUGUGACGGAACACCCUUGAAGGAGAUCGCCGCAAAGAAAAUGGCGGCCCAAUAA